UGACUGUAUGCUCGCAAAAAAAAAGAUGACAGUAAUAUUCUCGUGUCAAAGUCAACAAAUUCAGAUUAAGUUGUAGGGACUCGGGGGGAUGGCUUCAAACAAGCGGUACGUUAACUGGAAGAAACUAAUUAGCUUCGGUUUUGUCUUUUGGGUUUUAUUAUGUUCGUUUGACACUUUUUUUGUUGACCCCCUGUCCAAGUUGUACUGUAUUAGCAACGAUGACGAGGAGAUUGAUGCACCGAUUUCGACAGAUGACGUGAUUGAAUCGGUUAGUGUAGCUGAAGAGAUUCAGAUUACCGCAGAAAAGUCUGGAAUAGGAUGGUGUCUAUUCAUCUGGAAUGCCAUUGCCUUUGUAACCACUAUUAUGGCAUGCAUUGGACUGAAGUUAGCUCGGAACUGGUACCUACUGUCUAAGAAUAACGAAACUCGUGCAGAGAUUUCCACCGUGGAGGAGGCUGAUCGAAAAUCUAGCGUUAGCAAAAUUCCAGUUCUGACUGCUGCUUCUCGAUCAACAGUAAAUCUUGAUGGCGACAAAGAUUUUUUUCUGAAAAGCGGUACGUUCACAGAUUUAAGUGUCCGAUCCAGUAGAAGCGAAAUGACGUCGAAAUACAUGGAGAAGCAGUGCUCCAAGCUGCGUGAUGAUAUGAUCGCGAUGCAAGCCCUCUCUUUAAAAGAACACAACUCACUGUCGCGAAAAUUAGAAAGUAUGGCCCGGGAAAAGCGGGAGUUGUGCAGGCAACUGAUGCUUGCUCACAAGGAAAAUCGUGCAGCCAAACAGCAGUUGGAAGAAUUGCUCACUGAACGAACUCUCCUUUUAAAGCGUCUAGAUUCCGCCACCAAAGAGUUUAAGACUAACACCAAAUCGAAGAAGACAACCUUAGCGAAGCUCGAAGAAACCCAGGUCACAAUUUCGAAUUUACUGAAGGAGGUCGAGCGGUUCCAAGCCGAACGGAACGAAUUCCAGAAGAAAUCGCGGACAUUAGCCUUAGAAAACCAACAGUUAAAAGAGCACAUCGUCACCUUUGAAGAUCGCCUCGAGCGCGAAAUUGCUUCGAAAACCACGACGAAGGAGCAGAAAUUGGAUUUGGAGGAACUAAAUCAGUCGCAUAAAGACGUACAGAAGGUGCAAAUGCGGUUGUUGAAUCUUGAGCAAUCCUUGGACAAGUUGCAGCUAUCUCAAUGGAGAAAGAAGCUUGAGGAAGGCAAACCUGUAAUACAAGAGGAGAGUCAGGAAGAAGUGUCAAACGACAAGGAAAAUGAAAGUGCGAAUUUUAUUCUGACAAAGGCAGAAAGUCCUCUGGAGGAACAAAGGAUUAAAAGCGGAAAAUUAAAGACUGGCAACUUAACCGAUGAGCAGUUGGAAAAGUUUCGCAUACCGGACGAGUCGUCCAGUGACGAAGUCUCUUUAGAGUCGCGCAAUUUUGCGAAGCUAAUGAGAGAGGUGAGUCGAGGAGUACCGUUUAGAGAGAUAAGCACUUUAAAAUCGAUAAGCGAAAGUGAUGUCGAAUAUAGUUACCCUGACGAUCGGCCCUGUAACGAAACGAGUACGACGGCCAAUGAAGAUGAAGACUCGGACGAAUGGGAACAAUACCGAUGUAAAAUUAGUAACUCAAAGGCUUUCAAGAAUUUCCUGCAAAAGAUGGACCACAUCGACAAAUUACAGACAAAAUUAUCGGUUCCCAUGUAACUUAGGGGCGAAACAAUACGAAUAAAUCAACGUAAAAAGUG